CGCUUUCCGAAGAUUAACCUUUCAAAACUCUUUGGUGUGUGGCCCUCCUCCUCCUCCCCCCCUCGUAACCCUCACCCUCCUUCGUAAUCUCUCUCCCUUUUGCUUUUUGCACUUAUACCGUCUCAUCCACUCGUUUGAUUUUCCUUAAUUCCUCCUUACACAUGCUUACAUAGACAUUUUAUCAUGCCACUCAAACGUUCCAUCAUCCUACAAUCUAUUUUUGCAUUCUGUAUAAUCUGUUUAAUAUUCAUUGCGCGGCAGGCAAACGAUGCUUCUUCUAUACCAGCAGGAGGAUACACGGAUGACUGUACAGACGAAACGUGCCGUCAACCACCACAGCCGCUCGAAUCAAACAACGAGGUCGUGCUUUCCCCCGAGGAUAUCAUUGACGAUGCUGCAGAACUCGACACUGAUUACAAAAACAACAGCGAAAACAUUAUAAAUGAGGAUGUCGACAAUGGAGAGACUGCAAUAGGUAUCAACCCGAUUAUCGAGGAAAAUGGUGGAUUUCCGUUCACGGUGGUGACAGCCGCCAGCAGCAACCACUUUUGCGCGCUCGAGAGCAUGUUAUAUACGUUUCAGGAGCUCAAGAAAUACGUCGCACCUGAAGACUUUCCACGACUUGUUGUGUACAGUCUCGGCAUUGACGAACACCAGCGGGCUAUCGCUGAGAAUCUCUACACCGAAGGAUAUUUCGAUGAAUUGGUCGACUUCAAUUACGACGCAUACCCGGCAUUCUGGAACGUCCAAAUCAAUCGAGGACAAUACGCAUGGAAGCCAGGAAUCGUCAAGGAGAUGCAAAUAAAGUAUGGUGGCGUGGUAGUCUGGCUGGAUACAGGCGAUGUGCCCAAUGCAUUAUUUAUGCGAAUGAUACCGCAAUAUAUUCGACGCCACGGUUUUUGGUCGCCACGGAGCACAGGCUUAAUCAGUUCCAAGUUCAACCACGCAGGCAUGUUCAAUUACUUCAAGUUACGGAGGAAGGAUUUUGAAAUGUUUGAGAACUGCAAUGGUGCUGCAGUUGGAUUUGAUGCGGAUAACCAGCAAGUGGUGGACGAGCUCAUUACGCCGUGGUACGAUUGUGCUAUUGAGGAAAAUUGCAUUGCACCACCUUCUUCGUCUCGGCAAAACCAUCGUCAGGAUCAAUCAGCGAUCACCUUGCUGGCAAUCCGCGCUGGAUAUCGGUGCUUCGAAUACCCCGAGUUUCAUGGCCUUACCAUCCAUCAGGACGAAUACUGCCAUCAGCGGCUUCUGGUGCUUGAAGAUAGUGGCCUUUUGUUACAUCCUUCAACUAUCGAUGUCUAAAUGGGUCAUAUCGGAGAGUGCUGGCCACCAUAUACAACUAUUGCAUUCAAGUAUAAUAAUAAAACAUUUUCAUAAGCUUAAGGGAGCGGAUGCCAUAUUA